GUUUUUCACCGCAUUUUCAACGAUUUCAUCGCAAAAUAAACAAACAAUGAAUAAUUUUCAACACUCACUAUCUUAAGCAAAUCAACACAUACAAAAAUUACAAUUGCCUCUUCAGAGAGAUCAGUAAUUUUCGUCUCUAAAAGGUGUUCUAGGCUCAACUAAACAAAGAUGGCGUGGCGUUUUAAAGUCUCGAAAUACAAGAAUGCUGCCCCUAAAUUUCCAAAGCGAGAGGAACUUAUUCAGGAUCUGCCCCAUGCGACGCUAAUGCAGACCUGUGGAAACCACAUAGCUGCAAGCUGCCUCUACAUUGCAUUUGAUACUGGAGGUGGAGGGAGUGUUGGUAUUCUCCCCCUGGACACCGCCGGUAGGGUGGGGCACGACUUGCCACUACUGAAGGCACAUGCUGAUUACAUCACUGAUCUCCAGUUUAGUCCAUUCCAUGAUGAUGUAUUGUCAACUUGCUCAGCUGAUUCAACCGUUAAAGUUUGGCGUCUCCCUGAGAAAGAGCGUCUGUCAGAGGAACUUCCAUUAUUGACCUCCUCGUGCAGUUUUGUGGCAGGAGAUCGCCGUGCAGAGACCCUGGCUUGGCACCCAACUGCAGAUGAUACUCUGGCUGUGGCGACUGGGCAGUCUGUUAGAGUGGUGGAUGUCUCAAAUCCUGAUGGGAAUAAGCUAGAUUUCAGUGGUCACGAUGACCAGGUGUUAAGCUUGUCAUGGAGGUCAGGGGGGACUACUUUAGUCACAUCAUGCAAGGACAGGAAACUCAGAGUUAUUGACCCUAGGGCAGGUACGUCAGUGCAGGAGUGUGUGGGACAUGAAGGUGUGAAGGAUUGUCAGGCAGUUUGGGUCGGCAAUACAGACUUUAUUUUCACCACUGGAUUUGAAAAGCAACGUUCCAGAGAAGUGAAACUAUGGGAUACCAGGAAUAUGCAACAUGCAGUCAAAACCGUGGCUGUCGAUUCUAACACUGGGACUCUAAUGCCUCUACUUGAUGAAGACACUCACAUGAUGUUGGUGGUAGGCAAGGCUGACACAAGCUGGUCAUACUAUGAAAUAUCAACGGCAGAGCCAUUUGUGACAAAAAAUACCGUGGAGCAUACAGAGAAAGGUGAGCAGAUCCGUGGGGCAUGCCUGGUGCCGAAGCGUGCCAUGGAGGUGAUGCAGGGUGAGGUGGACAGGCUGCUUCUCCUCUUCCCAAGAUCCAUUGCUCCCCUACCGUACAUUGUUCCUAGGAGGCAAUACCGUGACUAUCAUGGAGACCUGUUCCCGGACACUAAGAGUGAUGAGCCGGCCUUGUCUGCAGGACAGUGGUUUGCAGGGGAAAAUGGACAGGUGUCUCUUAUAAGCCUUGAUCCUUCAAAGAGGUCUGCAAAAAAAGUGGUGAAAGAUAAGGAGCUAACAUCCAGUAAACCAAAGGCAGACAAACCAACCCCGUCCCAGCAGUCUAGUAACACUUCAACUCAUGCCCCUGUGCAGCCCAGCAAGCCCGCUGUAACCAAGGCAACCAAACCUGCUGUCUCUAAAGUUCCCCAGCCAGAGCCAAAACCAGAACCCCCUGUGCCAACUGAACCUAGCAAAGCUUCCAAAACCUUUGCUGCCAUGCACCAGUCUAAAUGUAAAUACCUGAAAGGUAUCACAGAGCACCCAAGUAAACACAUCGUGAACGUUCGCAAGCUUUGCCGCAACCUGCCAAUACAGAGUAACCUGUUUGCUGCAAACACCAAGCGCUGUGCUGUACCUAUAGAGGGCGCUGGGGGAUUGGUCUGUAUACUGGAGUUGGACAAGCCAGGCCGGUUGCCUGACACCGGGGUUCCCAUGCUUCAGAAUGGCAGCAAGGUCAACGACUUCAUGUUUGACCCCUUCGAUGAUCGCAGACUGCUUAUUGGGUGUGACAAUGCGAAGGUGUAUGUGUGGGAGAUACCAGAGGGGGGCCUCACGGAGACAUUAGACGAUUACGAGUCAUACCUCAUGGGUCACUCCGAGAAGAUAUACUUUGUUCGUUUCCAUCCCCUGGCGAAGGACAUAGUGAUGACAGCGGCAUACGAUAUGACCUUGAAAAUUUGGGACCUGGCUGACAGUUCAGAGGUCAUCAAUAUCUCCUGUCAUGGGGAUGAGAUUUUCAGUGGGGAGUGGAGCCAAGAUGGCCGGUACAUUGCCACUGUGUGUAAGGAUGGCCUGAUCAGGAUAUUUGACCCUCGAAACUCUACUGAAGCAAUCAAGGUGGGUAAGGCGCCAGAUGGCAAUCGAGCGGCCAGGGUCGUGUGGGCAUGUGACAUGAAAUAUCUUGUCGUCUCUGGCUUUGAUAAAUCGAGUUUCAGACAGCUAAGUGUGUACUCCGUGGCGAAUCUUGGAGAUCCACUGCAUGUUGUUGCCCUGGAUGUUUCCCCGUCUUUACUGGUCCCCCAUUAUGAUCUGGGUACCAGCACUGUCUUCCUCACCGGACGGGGUGACAGCUAUAUCCAGGCCUUUGAGGUAUCUGAGGAAUUCCCCCACCUGUUUCCCCUUACACCCAUGAAACCUGAGGGCCAACACCAGGGUAUGGCCCUGAUGCCUGUAACCACAUGUGAUGUGCGGGCCGUGGAGAUGGCCCGGAUUUGGAGGCUUACCCAGACAUCAGUGGAACCCAUGUCAAUUACAGUACCAAGGGUCAAGACGGAGUAUUUCCAAGACGACCUGUUUCCAGACACCCCACAGACUGGUUCACCAACAAUGACCAGUCAGGAGUGGUUAAAUGGGGGAAACAAGCAACCAGUCAAAAUAUCCCUCAGACCAAAAGAUAUGAAACCAUUGAGUGAGGCCCCAGUAGAGGCCCCUAAGGCGAGGAAGUAUGACAGCUACAGCGCAGACACGUACAAGACAGAUGAACAGAAGAAAGAAGAGCUCAUCAGUGCGAUGACAGAUAAACUGGGCCAAAAUGAUGAACCCCUGCCACAGGACAAAUCCGAGGGGGUCGACUCUGAUGAAUGGGAAGACUAUUGAGUCUCAAGAUGGUGCUAGCAGCCAUUAGUGCAAUAAUAGGUUUUGCUUGAUCUUCUGAUAAUACUUGUAAUGACUUUUAUUUGCCACGCUCAAUUUGCUAACUUUUUGCCCACCAACAAUCAUUGACGUUCUUAAAUAAGAUUUGAAGAUGUGUAUUUGAACAAAAAAUGUUCUUGUAUGUGAUUUUACAGACAGGAGUGUUACCAUAGCAUUGAAAAGAAAUGUUAAAUAUGUGUUCAGGCAUUGCAAUCUAAAACAAUACUGGUAAUAUCUUCUCAGGGUAUUAUACCUCAUUGCCUUGUGUAGUAGUAGCUUUAAGAGUGACAUUUUCAACAACGCCCAGGGGUGGUAUUCAAUAUUGGUCUUGACUGGAUCAAAGAACAAGGUAGCCAAUCGGAUUACGUGGUAUAAAUAACGGACCAAUCCAAUGAAUGAAGUUCAUGAUGUAUGACCAUAAGAUUUACUCAAGCUGCAUAUUGAAGACCAACGAUGUCACUCAGUUUUAUGACCAGGGGUAUUGUACAUGUACAUUGUUUUACUGCUGUCCAAACUUUUGUGUUUCUCAAGCUAUAGAUUUCAUACCCUUUAUUGGACUAGACUUACACAUUCCACUGUUCUGGCUUUACUAUUUUUUUUAAUUCAGUAUUUUAUUAUCAUUUUUAUAACACAUGUAUUACAUAUUGUUCUUUAUACAUGACCUAAAUCUUUAAGUAUGCAUAUCUGUGAUCUUAAUAAAUGUCACACUUACAAUAAUUAAAGUGUUUAUAUUCGAUA